AUGUUCAGAAGCGAACAAAUGUCAUUGGUUCAGAUGCUUAUCCAGCCGGAAGUCGCAUUUCAUUCGAUGGCCGAACUGGGUGCUCUGGGAACUGCGCAGUUUCGCGAUUUCAACACGAAUAUCAAUGUGUUCCAGCGAAGAUUCAGCGGUGAUAUCCGACGGUGCGAUGAAAUGGAACGCAUAAUCGGCUAUAUUCGAAGACAGCUUUUGAUGGACAAAAUCUCUCUACAGGAGGCACCGCCGUACAACGUGAAACUACCGGAUCCUCGGGAAAUUAUUGACCUUGAGGUGCUUCUUGAAAAAACUGAAAGCGAGAUUAGGGAGCUGGCAGAGAAUUGGCAAGCAAUUUUGGAGAACUGCACAGAACUGGUUGAAUUGCGAAAUGUUCUAGAGAAGAUUCAAAUAUUUUUUGGUGAUGGAUCAAUCAGUCGGUCGGCCUUUGAGGAUAUCGGAGACGACAGCAGUGAUGAUGGCGGACCACUGGAAUUUGUUGCUGGAGUAAUUCCACGUGAACGGAUUGCAGGAUUUGAGCAAAUGCUGUGGCGUGUAUCUCUUGGCAACACGGUCGUUCGGCAAGCGCCGAUAGAAGAACCUUUCGUAGAUCCAGUGUCGCGAAAUAAAAUGCACAAAAUUGCUUUCGUUGCAUUUUUUCAAGGAGAGCAGCUGAGAAAUCGCAUCAAAAAAGUCUGCAGCGGUUUUCACGCAACCCUGUACUCGGUGGAAAAUGGCUUCGAAGAACGCGUACAAAUGCUGAAAGAGGUGUCUAUUAGGACUGAAAAUUUUAACACGAUCAUCAAUCGGACUAAGGAUCAGCGUCAGAUGGUGCUGCUGGAUGUUGCUCAGAAGAUUCCGACAUGGGAUGUGUAUAUCCGGAAUAUCAAAGCCAUUUACUACACUCUGAAUAAGUUCAGCGUCGAUGUUUCGAGCAACUUUCUUUUCGCUGAAGCUUGGGUUCCAACAAUGAAUCUGCAGGAUGUUAAUGACGCUCUGAUCAGAACAUCUAGAAGCCUAGGAAGUACGACCGCAUCGUAUCUGUAUGUCGUUGAAAAUGACGAAGAUCCUCCAACGUAUCAUCGCACCAACAAAUUUACCGUGGGUUUUCAGAAUUUGAUCGACUCGUAUGGAGUGGCAUCUUAUAGAGAAUGCAAUCCUGCACUUUACACUGUCGUCACGUUUCCUUUCCUAUUUGCAAUCAUGUUCGGAGACUUAGGUCACGGUAUUAUUCUGUCCCUUUUUGCCCUUUGGAUGGUGCUUUAUGAAAACAAAUUAAGCGAGAUCAAUGAUGAAAUAUGGAAGCUGUUUUUUGGAGGACGAUAUACGAUUCUACUGAUGGGUUGCUUCUCCAUAUACACCGGAUUCGUGUAUAAUGACCUAUUUUCGAAAACAAUUAACCUAUUCGGUUCAGCAUGGAGUAUACAUUACAAUACGUCCACUGUAAUGACAAACGACAUGCUUCAGCUUAAUCCUGGAGAAGAUUAUUCCACGACCAUCUACCAAUUCGGGUUGGACCCAGCUUGGAUGCUUGCAUUGAACAAAAUAAUUUUUCAAAAUUCAUUUAAGAUGAAACUGUCCAUCAUAUUCGGUGUCGCUCAUAUGCUUUUGGGAGUGUGCUUGAGCGCAAUCAACCAUAAACACUUUCGAAAAUCUGUUGACAUCCUUUUGGAAUGGCUUCCGCAGCUGUUGUUUCUGAUUCUUCUCUUCGGAUAUUUGUGUUUUUUGAUGUUCUUCAAAUGGAUUAAGUAUACGGCUGUCACGGACGAAGAAUCGUUAAAACCAGGAUGCACUCCAUCGGUGUUGGUCAUGUUCAUCGGUAUGAUGUUGUUUAAGGAACAAAAGCCUCUGGAUGGUUGCAAGGAGUUCAUGUUCAACGGCCAAGACAUCGUUCAAAUUGUAAUACUCACUUGCUCACUCAUGUGUAUUCCUUGGCUGAUGUUAGCUAAACCGUGUUACAUAUUCUUUAGAAGAAAACAAACUGGAGUCCCGUCGGAGCAGGAGCCUAUGAGUGAAAUUUUUAUUCAUCAAGCAAUUCACACGGUUGAGUAUGUUCUCGGUACCGUUUCGCAUACGGCCUCCUAUCUGCGACUGUGGGCCCUGUCGUUGGCCCAUUCUCAACUCUCCGAAGUGCUUUACAAUAGAGUGUUCCGAGUAGGGUUUCUAAUCCCAAAUUACGUCGGCGCUGUUGCGAUUUGGGCAUUAUUCCUACCAUGGUCAGGACUGACAGUAGGACUUCUUGUCGUUAUCGAAGGAUUGUCGGCUUUUCUUCACACUUUACGACUUCAUUGGGUUGAGUUUAUGUCUAAGUUCUAUCAAGGAGAAGGCCAUCCAUUCAAACCAUUUUCGUUCAAAGCAAUCAUGGAAGAAGAACAGUAUUAG